AUGUCGAAAAGCAGAACGCCAAUGUACUUGGGUCUCGCUGCUGCCGGUGCAGGCGGGUACUACCUCUACCGGUCGGGCGGAGAUGUCAAGGGUGCGAAACAGGAGAUGAAGAUUGAUGCCGACAAGGCACGCGAGAAGCUUCCCCACGGCGAGAGUGCGCGGAAUGCGGGUGCAAACGUUGGAAAGGAAGCUGGUGCUACCGUUGAUGAAGCUAUUGACAACGCCCGCUCCAAGUUCAAGCUGGAUGAGAGAAUCCCCGAGAUGAAAGAGGGGGCACAGAACAGGUUUGAGGACGGAAUGCAAAAGCUCGAUGGGCUCCGCGAUGACGCGAAGAACCGAAUCAACUCGGAGAUCGACAGAGUUGAUCGCACUGUUGAGCAGAAGGCGUCUGAGGCUAAGGGAUGGUUUGGAAGCAAGAAAUAA